GCAACAUAUGUUUGCAAUAUUACGUACUCAAAGGAAAGUAGUAUAUUUUGGUGUAAAAGAAGUAAGAUUAAAAACUGAAUUACCAGCUGCAAAGUGCUGACACGAUACAGAAAACUGACAGAAACGCGCGCACGUUUCAUUUACAGCUCUUCAUUGCUUAGUGGAAGUUUUUAAGUUACGUCUGCAACAGUACAGUGCGUACAAAACUUAACUUUAAUUAGUUUGGAACUCAGCAUUGUUUCAGCAUUGCUUAAAGCAAUAUAUUUCUGGACGACAAAAAUGCAGCGCUGAGCAAGCAAUAAUUAGAAUUCAGAGCUUACAUUUCCAGUAAACUUCCAAAAUGAGGAAUUUUGUUCCGGAUUUGAUAAUAUGCUUCGUAUUAAUAAUCACCAUAACUGUGUUUAGAUUGUUUUCGGUCAUUCUUCAUGAAAGUCUAGGCAGUGGGCCGGCAAUUCCGUCUAUUGCCGUUGCAGACGGAACUGAGAUUCAAUUACAGCAAGAAGAGCUAACACUAUCGCAGUUGAUUGAUCGCAAGUCGAAAGAAUACUCUUGGCUACUGCGGUUAUCGGUUAAUACAUUAGGGUAUCUUUGCGUAUUUAUUCCUGGGUUACUGAUUUACAAGUACACGCGGCGCAUCAAAUAUUUAGAGCGAUCUGAUAAAUCACUAUUUGCAAAUGUAAUACGUGUAUGCUUCGGAAGCGGCUCCGAAGGAGAACGUGGAUUAGAUGGCAGAACAAGUGAUAGAGGAUCAAGCGGUAAAACAACGACAAUGCAGGACUGUUUUCUCCUGCUUUAUUGUUUGCUUGGAUUGAUGGGAUCCUAUUUAACUUGGGGUGUGCUACAAGAAAAAAUCAUGACCCAAGAAUACGUGAACGCAGAUAAGAAGAAAACACAUUUCAAAGACUCACAGUUCCUUGUAUUUACUAAUCGUGUUUUAGGAUUUCUGAUAACAGCAGUUUAUCUAACUGUCAAAAGUCAACUGCGACAGCGUGCUCCUUUAUACAAAUACUCGUACGCUUCAUUUUCUAACAUCAUGAGUGCAUGGUUUCAGUAUGAGGCGCUCAAGUUCGUAAAUUUUCCGACUCAAGUGUUGGCCAAAUCAUGUAAAAUAAUACCCGUGAUGAUUAUGGGCAAAAUUGUAUCUCGCAAUAAGUACGAAUUCUAUGAGUAUAUAACUGCCAUUAUGAUUUCAGUAGGUAUGAUCUUUUUCCUCACCGGUUCAACGGAUGAAUCCAAAACGACCGCAAUAACGACACUGACAGGAGUGUUGUUGCUGACGUUCUAUAUGAUAUUUGAUAGCUUUACUUCAAACUGGCAGGGCGAACUCUUCAAAACCUACUCAAUGUCUUCGAUUCAAAUGAUGUGUGGUGUUAAUCUAUUCAGCACGCUUUUCACUGCAGCGUCCCUUUCCAUGCAAGGCGGCUUCUACAGUUCGCUGCAUUUUGCUGCUGAACAUCCGAAGUUUGUUGUAGACUGUGUCGUCCUUUCCAUAUCGUCCGCUAUUGGCCAAUUGUUUAUAUUCUACACUAUCGCUACUUUCGGAGCGGUGGUUUUCACGAUUAUCAUGACACUUCGUCAAGCUAUUGCCAUUUUACUGUCUUGCUUGAUUUACAAGCAUAGCAUCUCGAAUUUGGGAGUCUUUGGUGUUCUGAUUGUGUUUGUAGCCAUAUUUUUAAGAGUAUACUGUAAUCAUAGAAUGAAAAGCAUCAGACGAAGGCACCUGGCUGAUGCAGCAGGAGGAAAACCGCGGUUAAAUGUUUAGAGUUGUUUUACCAAAGGCUUGACGUACUUUUAGUUGUGUUGUUGAAAUUACGAGUUACUUUCAACCGGUAGCACAAACAUGCUGUGAUUUGCUCAAUAGCAGAAGAUAACGAAUAGAGCAAGUAGCAUACUAAACUGCUGAGCACGUUUACAAUCUAAAAAUUGAAGAAGUAGAUUUAUAAGUAAUUCAAAUUUUCCGAAAAUAGUUAGCUUGUGUUAAAUCUCAGAUUAUUUUAUUCCAUUUACUGUCUAAUGCUUUAACUAUGUUUUACUGAAUUUCAACAAUACUUUAAAGCUUAGCAAAAUCAA